GUCGACUAAUCAAUAAAAACGAUUGAUGUGCCUUCACCACUCUCGACUAAGUGUCCAAAGAAAUCAUUCAUUGGCACCGUUGUUGCUGUAACGAAGAGUGACAAUGUUUGCUUUAGCUGAGAUGGUGGAUACGGUCCGCAUUGAGCCGUGGCUCUUCAAUGUUAAACCUAUUGACGCCAUCACAGAAGAACUCAACAAGAAACUUGCAAAUAAAGUUGUACCAAACGUUGGACUGUGCAUUGCUCUUCAUGACAUAGUUAAGAUGGAAGACUCUCAUAUCUUUCCUGGUGAUGGUGCGUCUCAUACAAAAGUCCACUUUCGGUUUGUGGUCUUCCAUCCCUUCAUGGAUGAGAUUCUCGUUGGGCGAAUCCGAAGCUGCAGCCGUGAUGGUGUGCACAUAUCAUUGGGAUUCUUUGAUGACAUUGUUGUUCCACCAGAAGCCCUUCAGCAACCGUGCAAAUUUGAUGAGACCGAGCAGCUUUGGGUCUGGCAGUACGAGUCGGAGGAAGGCACCCACGAUAUGUUCAUGGAUAUCAACGAGGAGAUUCGAUUCAGGGUGGUGGAUGAAGUCUUUACCGAUACGACUCCUGUUGGUCCUGAGGAUGGUCUGGAGGCCGGAGCAGAUGAGAGUGAUGCAAAGAAAUCCCCUUACAGUCUAGUGGGUUCCAUAAGUGAGCCUGGUCUAGGGCUCUUAGCAUGGUGGUCAAACAUGUGAAGAGCUGGAAGAGGUCUAAGGUUAACCAGUUUGGUGGAACAGUUCCAGGCCUACCUCGCUUGCUGGAACAGAUCUAAGAGAGUCCACCAGUCUGGUGGUCCAACUUGUGAAGAGUGGGAAGAGGUCUAGAGAUAUCUAGUAUGAUAGAAUAAAUCCAGGACUACCCUGCCUCCUGGAACAUAAUGAAUGCGGUCUACCAAUCUUGCGAUGCAAUAUGUGAAGAGCUGGAAGAGGUCUCGAGCUAUCCAGUUGGUGGAACAGAUUAAAGCGAAUACCAGUCUGAUGGUCUAUUUUGAGGAGAAAUCGACCAGGUCUGGGUCCUGUAACAAAAAGAUUAACAAUUGAAUGUAUGUUUGAUUGUACAUUGUAGACAAUACAGUCAGUCGUCAUCAAACAUAUUCUUCUACGAUGGUAGGUAAGCUUUGUGUUAUGGGCCCGUGGACUGUACGGCUAGUGAAAAUUGGUGGAACCGUGUUCUAUCUCAUAGUGAACUAGAUUUGGGCUAUAAGCCUGGUGGUUUAGUCUGAAGGGAGACGGAACAGAUAUAGGACUACCUAUCUUGAUUGAACAGAUUCGGACUAUUUCACUAAAUGAAACUGGUUUCCAUUUCACUCUGGAGUAGAUUUUGGCUACUAGCUUAAAGGGUCUCACAAGAGGAAUUAUGGUACAGAUGUAGGCCACCAAGAUCUAGGACUACUUAGUUUCUGAGUCCAUCAAACACCCUAGCUUGUAAAUAUGAUCCAGGACUAAUUGAGGUAAUUACAGAUUUAAGGCAGUGUACCAGUCUGGUAAUCCAACAUCGGGAAUUAGACAACAGAUCUAGGGCAACCUCGCUUGGUGGAACAGGUCUUGAUCCAGACUAUUUGGCUCUCUCGAAUUGGUUCCCAUCAGACUGUGAAGUAGAUUUAAGGUACUAGCCUAAUAGUCAAACAUGAGGAAAUAGAGAACAGAUCUAGGGCAACCUAGCUUUAUGGAACAGGUCUAGAUCCAGACCACUUGGCUCUAUGGAAUAGACCAGUUCAUAAUUACUUUAUGGACAAUUUUGGUCAAAUGGCCUUUCAUUUCUUUCAUUCUGAUAGGGAGAUUUCAAAGCAAGAUAUUAUGUAAGCUUGCCUUACAUAUCUGGAUGAAUAAAUUGAAUAGACCAGGUGACUAGAAAAGCAAACCAAUGAACACAUUUUGAAGGUAUUUGUUGCAUUCCUACUUUGAAGAUAUAUCAUAGCAUGCUGGACAAUUUACUUGGCAAACUGUGAAAUACCAGUCGUUCGUGGAUGCAUUGUUGUUUUUUGUGGAUGUAAAUGAAAAUCACAAU